AUGCUCAGGAGGUCCAUUCCCAGGGGUGGUCGGGCCCCCUGGCUCCUUACCUCUUCUCGAAUUUUCUGCCUCUGCCUCAUGGUCUUGUUGGGCCAGGGGGGCUUGCUGCAGGGGCACCCCCAGUGCCUGGAUUAUGGGCCCCCCUUCCAGCCCCUCCUGCACCUCGAGUUUUGCUCUGACUAUGAGACCUUCGGCUGUUGUGACCAGCGUAAGGACCACCGCAUCGCUGCCCGGUACUGGGACAUCAUGGAAUACUUUGAUCUGAAGGGCCACGAGCGGUGCGGCGGUUACAUUAAAGACAUCCUUUGCCAGGAGUGCUCGCCCUACGCAGCCCACCUCUACGAUGCUGAGAACCCGCGGACGCCCCUCCGGAACCUUCCCGGCCUCUGCUCUGACUACUGCUCUGUAUUCCACUCUAACUGCCACUCUGCCAUCUCCCUGCUCACCAAUGACCGCCGCCUCCAGGAAUCCCAUGACAAGGAUGGCGCGCGCUUCUGCCACCUCCUCAACGUUCCCGACAAGGACUACUGCUUCCCUAACGUCCUGAGGAGUGACCAUCUCAACCGCAACCUGGGGGUGGUGGCCGAGGACCCUCGCGGCUGCCUGCAGCUCUGCCUGGCCGAGGUGGCCAACGGGCUGAGGAACCCGGUCUCCAUGGUCCACGCUGGGGACGGCACCCAUCGCCUCUUCGUGGCCGAGCAGGUGGGGGUGGUGUGGGUCUAUCUGCCUGAUGGGAGUCGCCUGGAGCAACCCUUCCUGGACCUCAAGAGCAUCGUGCUGACCACUCCCUGGAUUGGGGAUGAGAGAGGCUUCCUGGGGUUGGCUUUUCAUCCCCAGUUCCACCGCAACCGCAAGUUCUAUAUUUAUUAUUCAUGCCUGGGCAAGAAGAGGGUCGAAAAGAUCCGGAUUAGUGAGAUGAAGCUUUCUCGGGCAGAUCCCAACAGAGCUGAUCUCAAAUCGGAGAGGGUCAUUUUGGAGAUAGAAGAACCAGCCUCAAAUCAUAAUGGUGGACAACUUCUUUUUGGCCUGGAUGGCUAUAUGUACAUAUUUACUGGGGAUGGAGGACAGGCUGGGGAUCCCUUCGGCAAGUUUGGAAAUGCUCAGAACAAAAGUUCCCUGCUGGGAAAAGUGUUAAGGAUCGAUGUGAAUGGGGCAGGCUCAGGUGGCAGGCGGUACCGAGUGCCCCUGGACAAUCCGUUUGUUUCUGAGCCAGGGGCCCAUCCAGCCGUCUAUGCCUACGGGGUCAGAAACAUGUGGCGCUGUGCCGUGGACCGAGGGGACCCCAUCACGCGCCAGGGCCGAGGCCGGAUGUUCUGUGGGGAUGUGGGACAGAACAGGUUUGAAGAAGUUGACAUCAUUGUUAAAGGCGGGAACUAUGGCUGGAGGGCAAAGGAAGGGUUUGAAUGUUACGACAAAAAACUUUGUCACAACGCCUCUUUGGAUGAUAUUCUGCCAAUCUAUGCUUAUGGCCACGCAGUGGGGAAAUCUGUCACUGGAGGUUACGUCUACCGUGGAUGUGAAUCCCCAAAUCUCAAUGGCCUCUACAUCUUCGGGGACUUCAUGAGUGGUCGACUUAUGGCUUUGCAGGAAGAUAGAAAAACCAAGAAAUGGAAGAAAAAGGACAUUUGCCUGGGCAGCACUGAGUCCUGUGCCUUCCCAGGGUUGAUCAGCACAUACAGCAAGUUUAUCAUCUCCUUCGCUGAAGAUGAAGCAGGGGAGCUCUACUUCCUGGCCACCUCUUACCCGAGCGCCUACACACCGCAUGGAUCCAUUUACAAAUUUGUUGACCCAUCGAGGCGAGCACCUCCAGGCAAGUGCAAGUACAAGCCGGUGCCGGUGAAAACCAAGAGUAAGCCGGUCCAGUUCAGACCACUUGCUAAAACGGUGCUGGACUUGCUAAAGGAGCAGUCCGAGGAAGCUGCUAGAAAACUGUCCAAUGCAACUUUAGCCUCCAGUCCAGACCGGGCCUCGUCUCAGAAAGGCUCCUCCAAGAAGCCGGCUUCUGCCACAAGCAGCAGGAAGACUUUUCCAAGGUCUGGUGUAAAGCAGAGAGCCAGAGCGUGGUCCCCAGGCCCCCAGGGGAAGAGGAAGAAGAGCCCGAGACGCCCCCGAGGCAGAGGCAGCCAGUCGGCACAGUGGAGGCGAGCUGGCAAGAGUGUCCCUCUUCGGUCUCGGCGGCUGGUCAGGGGACGAGGGCCCAGAGAACCACCUUGCCACGCGGAAGCUGCUACUGCUGAAGGUGACCUUAGACCACAUCUCAAUCCGGAAUAA